GUGGCUCUUAUCUUUGGCCAGCCACUAUCUGUCCAAAGGAUAAUCCUGCCAGAUUACGAGGGGGAUCCCGAUCCAGUGACGCAGCAGCAUACCCAGCAGCAGACUCAGCAACAGACGCAGCAGCAGACUCAGCAACAGAUGCAGCAGCAGACGCAGCAGCGGACCCAGCAGCAGACACAGCAGCGGACCCAGCAGCAGACACAGCAAAUUCUGGCGAGCAGCAACCUGCAGACGUCACAUUAUCGUUGCCAGACACGGGCUGCAAGCAGCAGCUCACGCACCCUGGACGACAGCCAUCGACGCAAUCCGCAAGAGGCACUUCUGGACCACGGACUGGAGCAAGUCCGACGGCGCCUUGAACGGGUGGUCGACGACGACGACGACGACGACGACGACGAGGACCACACGGCGUCACAGCCAGGGAUCGCCCCAAAUCAGCCAUUUCCACUGCCAGCUCCGACAGCGCCGACAGCGCAGCCACCGGCACCGUGGCAAACGCAGCGAUACUGAGACGCCAAUCCACCGACUCCGCCACCUGGUUGGAGGCACUUCCUCCAAUUCCUGGACCGGCUCCAGCCACCAUUACCGGGUAUGUGAGGACCACAUACCAUGCCGACACCACCAUCACGGCCACUCCGGCCACAAGCCCCAUCCCCGACCCCGACCUGCCCUGCCCCAACAGCUGGGCGGCCAUUCCCAAUCUCACCAGCCAGGAGCAGUUCCAGAUCGGCGACUGGGUGGAGGCGGUCCAUACCCAGGAACGCCAGCAGCAG